AUGCUACACUUCACAAAGCAAAGAAUACGGCUUUUCCAAAAACGCUCCAUUAAAAUCAAUCAAAUCCAUUUGAAAAUUGUUCCAAUAUUGAUCAUAAUCAUCACAUUUAUAAUUGCAGGUUCAAUUAUAUUAAUAACAAAUAGUGUUAAAUCAUCAAGAGCAAACGAUAAGAAUCCACAUAGAUCUCUUGUUAAUUAUAAAAGUAAGAAAGAUUCACCAUUCAUAGAAGGUUGUGCUGAUAUAUCCGCUUUAAAACAAGAUGAUUUAAGAGCAAAUGCUACAUUUGUUAUAUUGGCUAGAAAUAAUGAAUUAAAAGAUGUGUUAUCAAGUAUGGAAUCAUUAGAGAGACAUUUUAAUCAAUGGUUUCAAUAUCCUUAUGUUUUUUUAAAUAAUGUUGAAUUUGAUGAAAAUUUCCAAAAAAUUGUUAAAAAUAAUACAAAUGCAAAAGUUGAAUUUGGUUUAAUACCUUCAAAUCAUUGGAAAUUUGAAAAUGAAGAUUCUUGGGAAUUUAAAGAAAGUGUUGAAAUUCAAGGUGAUCAAGGGAUAAUGUAUGGACCUUUAAAAAAUUAUCAUUCAAUGUGUCGAUUUUAUUCUGGAUUUUUCCAUAAACAUGAAUUAGUUCGUAAAUAUAAAUGGUAUUGGAGAGUUGAACCUGAUGUUAAAUUUUUUUGUGAUUUAACUUAUGAUCCCUUUUUAGAGAUGGAAAAACAUGGUAAGAAGUAUGGUUUUACCAUUAUGAUUAAAGAAUUAUGGGAAACUGUACCAAAUUUAUUUCGUCUGACAAAUGGAUUUAUUAAAGAGCAAGGAUUAAAGAAAAAAUCAUCAUGGGAUUUAUUUGUUGAAAAUAUAAAUAAUAAAUUUAUAUAUAAUAGAGGUGAUUUUGAUUCCAGGUAUGGGAAUUUACAAAAUGAAGAUGAAAUAAGUGAUCGUUUCUUGGAACUAUUGAAAAUUCAAGAUUUAUUGAAAAAAACUAAGAAAUUUAAUGGACAAAAUGAUGAUUCCAAGUUACCAAAUGAUGAAAUUAAAGAAUUAAUAACUAAAGCAUCAACAACAAAGAAAUUACCAAAACUGAAAGGUGAAGAAAUUAAUGGUGAACGAUAUAAUUUAUAUCAUUUUUGGUCAAAUUUUGAAAUUGCAAGAGUUGAUCUUUGGGAUAAUCCAAUAUAUGAUGAAUAUUUCCAAUAUUUAGAAAGAACAGGUGGAUUUUAUAAAGAAAGAUGGGGAGAUGCACCAAUUCAUAGUCUUGCCUUGGGGUUUUUAUUAAAUUUAGAAGAAAUUCAUUAUUUUAGAGAUAUUGGUUAUCAACAUACAACAAUUGCACAUUGUCCAUCAAAUUCAUUGAAAAAUCAAUUAAUAUAUAAACAAAGUGAUAAUUUCCAAUUUCCUAAUAAGAAACAAGAUAAAUUUUGGGAAAAUUAUGAUUCACCAAAAUCAUAUGGUGUUGGUUGUAGAUGUAAAUGUCCAUCUGGACAUAAAGAUAUUGAAGAUAGUGAUAAUGAUUUUUUGCAAAAAUGGUUUGAAUUAAAUAGUGAUGGAUAUCAUAAACCAAGACCUAUAAAUAUUAAUAGAAUAGAGAGAUUAGUUAGGAAAACAUAUAGAAAUGGUCAAUUUGAUAGAUAA